AUAAUGACAUGAUACGCGACAAUUAGUUGAAGGAGAUUCUAAAAGUAUGAAGGAUUGACAUGAAUUGCGCCUGAAAGAAAUCUAAAACUACUCUGGAAGUGGAACGCGCAAAACGAGAUAAUAAUGUCGAGAGUAUGGGUUUGCCUAAAAUAUCAUUAUUUGGGCUAUACCGUUGCAUGAUGAGCGAGGAAGAGGGCUGGUAAAACGAAUACAUGGAAAAGAAGAAACUGCACUGGGCCGGCAGUGGAAGUAUCCGGAAGAUACAUUUAUUUUUUGAUUAUUAACGAGACGAGGACGAGAAGCUGAAAGCUGAAGACGGAUAUCUUACUAACUAGGCUUGCGUGUGGAGUUCCAUUUUACAAUCAAUUGGAUUGAUUAAGUGAAGUUUAGGAAACGCAAAAAGCUUGUGGGUGCUGUGACCAUUCUUCCCAAAGUUCCUGACUGAAAUAAAUGACAAAGAUCCUGGUCUAUUAUCGGACCACCACAGAGUCAACACAUGAUGAGCAACAGCAGUAAACGAGUCCAGCCAAGCUUCACUGUCGCCCCGGUGGUCCAGAGCAAGAUGCCCCGGCUGGAAGGGCCUAUCAUUGGUAGCGUGGCGUCUACAGAGGCAGGAGGGCUCUCUAAACCAGCCAGCCUGGCUCACUACCCCUCUGCCCCCCACCACACACCCCAGACCCAGGCUCUGCAGAACAACAGGGCCUACUUCACCUAUGACCUUGGGGGUCACGACCUCUCUGACCCUGACCUCCGACCUUCCUGGAGCCCCUCUGAGGGGUUGCUGCUGAACAGGAGGAAUGUGGGGGUUUCCCCUCAGAGCGCGGAGGAGGGGUCGUUACGAAACCACAUAGUUUACAGCAGGGCAGAGUCUUUUUCUACUGAGAGUAGUAGUGUUAGUGGUAGUAACUCUGUCUCUGCUACUGCUCAGGACACUCCAGCUAAGCAGGGUUUUACCUACUACACCAGGAGCCCAGGCGGGCUGAGGAGUCCCACCAGCGGGCCUGGGACCAUCGCUAUGCCCAUUGCUGUGAGGAAGCAGCCCCCUGUUGGAGGAGUUAGCCUCUCCCCUCAGUCUGAGAACUCUGUCUGUCUGAGUCUGGCUGUUCCCAAACCGCUCUAUGGACACCCCUCCCCCUGCUGUUCUGAGCUGGGCUGUACUGUAGGACAGAGGCACAGUCUGGAGCAGAGGGAGGGAGUACACAGGAUCCAUCCCCAUCUUAAUGUGUAUGAGGGGUGGAUGUAUAGUCCUAGCUCCCACCACCACCCCAGGGCUCUGCAGCCGGAGCACGGUGUUGAGACAGAGAGACUAUCAGACAGAUUGCCUCUAAAAGAUGGCAAGGACCACCAACACCACCCCAAUGGAAUCCCCAACAGAGCAGGAUCGGCACAAAGGUUUCCUGUCUUCAUGGAACCAACCUACAGCAUUGGUUACCCAUGUUCCCCGGCCCGUGCCAUACUAAGCCCCUCCUCAUUUACAUGUGACCCCCUCUCUUCACAGUUAAGCGCCUCCCCCUAUGGGGCUGAUCAAUGCCAACGUCUACAAAUCCCCUCUAAACGUCCAACCUAUCACAGCUUGGUCUCUUCCCACCCCUCCUGCUCUUCCUCUCACCCCUCCUCCCAUCCCUCUCACCCCUCCUCUCACCCCUCCUCCCAUCCCUCUCACCCCUCCUCCCAUCCCUCUCACCCCUCCUCCCAUCCCUCUCACCCCUCCUGCCAUCCCUCUCAUCCCUCCUGCCAUCCCUCUCAUCCCUUCCACCCUACAACAUACAAACCCAUGACCCCUUUGCACCAUGGUGUUCCGGUAACAUCACAGGUUUAUCAGGGCCGCUCUCCUCCCAAUGUGGCCAAAUACAGCCAGCUCCCAGUCACACAGCCCAUUUUUUACUACCAUCCUCAGGCAAAUGUGGAGGGAGAGAGUGAGAGUUGUGGAGCAGGGUUUAAAGAUGCAGGAGGAGGAAUGCACAGAGACCGAGACUGGGAGGAUGUUAUGGUCCCUAAAGGUUCUAAACAACCCUUACCUCCCAGUCCCACCCAGACAGGACCCCACCUAGCUUCUCAUCUUCCCAGCACAGCAACCCCCUCCCACUACCUUGUCACCCAGUCUAUGUACAGUACUGAUGUCCCCAUGUCUAGCCACAUGGCUCCUAGUAGCCACCCAUACCUCAGGAGUUUUGACCAGCCCUCCUAUCAUCAAUUGUACAGGAUGCCCCUGAAUGGAGCAGGUCAGAUGAGAGCCCCUGCUAUAGCCCCAGAGAGACCCUGUGCCUCUCCAUCUCUCCCCAGCAGCCUACAGCAGACUGAGAGACCCUUGGACUACUCCCUGACUCAGUACAGAUCUCCAGUCACCUCUCCUCAGGUCUCCUCCCCCAGGAGACACCACCUAUCUCGCGGACACUCUGACUCCACACUCCCUGGAGCCCCACUGACUGUCUCCACCACACUGUCACGGGCUGACUAUGGCCAUCACAACCACCACCACCACAUCAACAACCAUGCUACUACAGCCAUGUGUACAACUGCUGUAAACUAUGGCAACCACAACCACCACACAACUACAGCCAACCAGAACAACCACCAACACACAACUACACGUAACCAUCAAAACGCCACGUGUCGGGGAAUGACUGGUUCUACUGUAGUGAGGCUUCGAGACAGUCCUCUCCCUCAUUCUAAUGUGCAUGGAGACAUGAUCACUACUGGUACAGAAACGCUGAAGAGAUGGGUCUCGGACUCAGACCGACCCAUCAACAUAGACUCUCCCUCACCAAAACACACACAGGACAAUGGGGAUGACGUCAUUGAUGUGGAACUGUAUCAGAAACGACAGAAGAUGAAGAUGAACGCAGAGGGAGGGAGAGCAGAGGGAGGGAGAGCAGAGGGAGGGAGAGCAGAGGGAGAUAUAGCAGAGGGAGGGAGAGCAGAGGGAGGGAGAGGAGAGGUGAACGGAGAGGGAGGCGGACUCUAUAGCUGUCAGUCUCCCUCUCCUCCCAUGCCAGUCAUCAACAAUGUUUUCAGCCUGGCUCCAUACAAGGCUUACCUAGAGGCUGCUGGCAUGCUGUCUCUACCUGUUAGAGGAUCUCAGAGAACUGACCGCCAUCCUUCUGGACACUGUGUGCUCAAACCUGAGACCCAAUCAGACCCAAUCAGACGUCAUCAACACAGACAGGAAACAGGCCCUACAUCUGACCCACACAGGCCUGAGAGAGACCCUGAACGAGAGGAAGGGAAGCCUGUAUCAAUCAAUCACAGGAUUGGUAACCAUGUAGUCCGACCAGCCUCAGAACAGCAGAGGCCUGUAGUCCAGCAGAGGAUUCUGGGUACUGUAGUCAGAUCAGACACUACACAGAAGAAGCCUGUAGUGCCUGUUUUUAGUGAACCACCGCAGGAACCAGAGAGGGAGGUGGAAGUGGAGACUGACGAUUUGCAGAUUAAAGUGGUUAAGGAAGAGGAGGAGGAACCACAGCAAGAACCAGAGGGGGAGGUGGAAGUGAAGACUGAUGACGACAUGCAGACUAAAGUGGUUAUUAAGGAAGAGGAAGAGGAAGAGGAAGAGAUGGAGGUGGCAGCAGCAACAACCGAGCCGGGUGUGUUUGUACAUGAUCUCACCGUGGGUGUUAUUAAGAAAUGUGAAUCUGAUCAACUGGACAGUAAAUUGUCAAUAGCGUCAGAUAAAUAUAUUUCUAUUAUGUCGGCUACAGAUAGAUGUGUGAUGGAGGGAUCUUUUACUUACAACGAGCACCACCAUCAGUCCCAAACUCAGCACCACCAGCCCUGGUCCAACCACCAUCCAUCCCAGUCCAACCACCAUCCAUCCCAUCCCCUGUCCAACCACCAUCCAUCCCAUCCCCUGUCCGACCACCAUCCAUCCCAUCCCCUGUCCGACCACCAUCCAUCCCAGUCCGACCACCAUCCAUCCCAUCCAACCACCAUCCAUCCCAGCCCCAGUCCAACCACCAUCCAUCCCAGCCCCAGUCCAACCACUAUCCACCCAAUCCGCCGCAGCCCCCCCUACGUCCCAAAUCAACAACUCCACCCCAACCCCUCUCAAUAA